CAGAGAGCAUUGACCUGCUGAGUGGACUAAAGAUGGGGGAGCAAGGUGGUUGGCAGGAGGAUAACAGAGAAGACUGGUCGGCCAUCUUGGAUUCCCAGACCCAGACGGGUGCCAAGGGCCCAGUGGAUGACAUCACUGAGCAGGCCCGGACCAGAGGCGACAUAGUGGAGGUCAGUGGAUGGGACAGCAUCUUCAACACUGGACUGGGGAACAACACUGUUUACCACAACCAGAAACAGACAGUCGAACACAAAACAACAACCGAACAUAGUCUUCAUGACAACAGACUGGCUGAGACCAGGGCGAGGCGUAGAUUUUGUCUGCGGGGACAGGGAGAUGUCGGUAUGCAGCGGGAGAGAACAGACACAGACUCCGCGAGUGAUUCUCCGUCCUGCUCCUAUAGUUGUGAUUCAGAGAGACUGACGGGGCCUCAGGUUAACCCCCUAACAGGUGCUGCCUUCAGCCUGCCUUCUAUAGGAUCUAUAAACUGGAACAUGGACCCUGCGACAACACAGACACUCCCUGGCCUUCGUCCUCCUCACACUCUCCUAAUGUUAAACCAGACCUCGGACAAUGCCAAAACACUAAAUGGCUACACAAGCCCAUUGACAAAUGAUGGUAAUAGAGACGGAAUCAGUAAAGGUGUCAGCACCAAAGAGAAGUGCUUCCCGUCUUCGUUCUGUGGGAAAGUCUUCAGUUUCCCCGAACAGGUGGAGCUCCACCAGAGAAUGCACACAGGGGGGAAACCUUUCGGCUGCCACCUGUGCCGGGUCAGUUUUUCAGACUCGUCCAACCUGAAGAGGCACCUGAGGGUCCACACAGGGGAGAAACCGUACAGCUGCCCCCAGUGUGAGAAGAGGUUCUCCCGCCAGCACAAUAUGAAGAUGCACCUGAAGGUCCAUACGGGAUAGAUGUCGUUCGCCUGUACGCACUGCAGGAAGAGGUUCUCAGAGAGGAGCUACCUGAGGACACAACAGAAAAUGCACACAGCGCAUGUAUAGUAAUAUGUACAGUGCCUUCAGAAGGUUUUCACACCCCUUGAUUUUUCCACAUUUUGUUGUUACAGCCUGUAUUUAAAAUUGAUUACAUUUAGAUUUUUUGG